GACGUGCAGCUCCGGCUUCUGUUCCUUUCAGUUUUUCGUUUUUGUCGCAGUGUUCUACAUGACCAACAAGAGCUAGAACAUGGAAGUCCAAGUCUUGUUGUGAAGUUCAGCGCUUUUUCUUUUCACCCAUCGCGCAUCAACAAUGUCAAAGCCGAGAAACAUUCGCGCAUCCCUUUCGAGUCCAAGCCAGCAGUUCUCGGACCCUGGCAGCCAGGCCUUGAUGAACACGUUUGGCGUCAUGAUGCCGGAUCCCGAUCCCGCCCCCCUUUCCGUCCACGAUUUUGAGGGGGUGCCGCUCGAUCCAAAUGAAGCCGCUGCGCAGAAGCUGUUCCUGGAGCAGCCAGGGCAUGGUCUUCAUGGGAGCAACAAAAGAACAACCCAGCAGAAAGACCAGGAGUUCCUGCUAGGGAAUGGCAGUUUCGGGAGUGUGCAGAAAGUCAGGCGGCGCGGGACUAACGAUGUCUUCGCCUUGAAGAUCAUGAAGAACGCCGAUGUUUUAUCUGGUAUAGCGAUCCUCGAUAGGAAAGUUGUACGCAGUAAAGAUGAAGUUGUUUUUCGGCACGGAGUUAGCUCGAACUAGCUACAUCAGCGCAUUUUGACCAUCUUGAUAAAAAUGAUGAGUCGUGUCGUGUAGCUGCUAAGUGGUAAAGAAAUUACUUACAACCUCGCACAAGAACGACAAGAAAAGACUCGUCGCAACAACAAGGUAAUCUGACAGCCCAAGUGGAGCGCGAAAUCGGGAUCCAGCGGUCCUGCAACCACGAGAACGUCCUCCGACUCCACGCGGACUUCAAGGACGAGAACUGCACCUACAUGCUGCUGGAGUACUGCCCGAACGGGGAACUGUACCAGAUCCUGAAGAAGGCCACCUUCUUUUCCGAAAGACGGGCCUGCCAGUACUUUCUCCACGUGAGCAACGGACUGCAGCACCUGCACACGAACAACAUCAUCCACAGAGACUUGAAGCCGGAAAAUCUGUUGGUGUCCAACCAUGACGUGAUCAAAAUCGCGGACUUCGGCUGGUGCGCCGAGUGUGUUUGUGUCAGAAACGGAGCAAGAAGUGCAACCUCUGGGACGAGUUUUCAUUCAAGUAAGGUGAACAAGAGGAAGCGGAAUGUCGACUCGUCUCCGAUGCAGAAGGCACGGAUUCUGGCACCGCAGUUGAAUUUGAAGUGGUCGCCGUUGGAGAGAAGGAGAAAGGCAAAGGACGAUCAAGGUCGUGGCGAAGCAGGUGAUUCCGCUACUUCAUCUCCAACUGAAGAGGAAGCAGGCAAGGAAGAUGAUCUCUCGGACCACUAUCGCGACCCCACUACGAGUUCUGCUUCGUCUCCUCCCCUCCGCCGUUUCACUUUCUGUGGCACGCUGGACUACCUUGCGCCGGAGAUGAUCGAGGGCACAGGGCACGACCACAACGUGGAUGUGUGGAUGGCGGUAUCCACAAAAAAGGACCGAUUCCCAUCCAAUUUGUCAUGCAAAUCAUGCAUCAAGUUCAGUGUUUGCCAUGCCCAUGCGCAUGCAGACAAUGGUAAUGGAUGGGGGUUGGUGCUGUUUUUUCCUGGAUAGGCGGGGGUGCUGCUGUACGAAAUGGUGAAGGGAAAGCCCCCGUUCUACUCCCCAAACCACGCCCUGCUGAUCCAGCGGAUUCUGAAUCUGCAAAUCCAAUGGCAACUGGGGAAUCUGCAGAUCUCGAAGAGUGUCCGAACCCUGAUAACGAAGAUGCUGAAGCCGAAAGCGGGUGAGAGGGUGUCGCUAGCGGAGUUAGAGACCGACAAGUGGGUGUUGGAAAACACAAGCAUGACGCUGCUGGAGGAGCAGACCGGCGUUGGCUCUUUCCGCCCGGCGUCGAGGACGAAUUCCGGGUGCGGUGGAGGGACCGCCGCGGGAAAGGGAAGACAAGGUACAACUAAGCGAGAACUGAGUUUUUUGCAGGUUGUUUGCACGAACGUAGUUUGUGUUGCAUGGACAUGAAGAUGUUGUACAACUUAGAACACAAGUCUUUAUUGCACCAUCGCUAAAUCACCUCCUCCGGCAUAAGAAAAAAAUAUCAACAUCAGAUGUGGACAUCCCAGAAACGCCUACGGUCAUGGGUCGCGAACUGAAGGCCACUCCCGCUGCCCCGGCAGCGGUGAAUAGCUUGGCAAGUUUUGGAGUGCCGGCUCACGUGCCGGUCGUGGCCGAAGUGACGGCGGGAGCGGUUGAGAAAGGUAAAGCAAGCGAAAUUACUCAGCGUCUUCAGCUUGAGGAGUGAGGUUUAUCUUUCUGUGCUGCUCCUAUGUAUUGCCUUGAAACUCGAGCUACUUUGUUUUUGAUGUUGGAUUUUCUCUCCAAUAAAACCAGACGCCGGGGACGUAAAUCUCUCUGCUCUUUCGUUACAGGUCUACUCGCGGGUAUAGCAGCUUCAUCGCAAUCGGACGUGGUGCUUGAUGUCGCGGAGCAGCCAAAAAUGUUCCCGGAAAAGAACUUCGCCAAAUCCACCUCGAGCUCGAAAAACCGUUCCGUGUCGAGGACGAAGCCGGAGACCACGACUCACACGAUUAACAACCCAGCAAGUACUUCGGCGAUAUCCACAUCCUCCUCCAGUACUACAACAGGUACUUGUACCAGUCGAACCAACAGCCGUAUCGGCCGCCCGCCACCGACCACAACGAGCACGAACGCGCGACGAGUGUCGCCGAAACCGGUGGCCAGGUCUUCGCCGAAGCCGAUGAACAGGGUCCUAUUUCCCUCGCGGGUCGGAGGUGGUGGCGGUGGCGGGGGUUCUUCCUCUAGCAGCGGGGCGACGUCGUCGAGUGGGCAACACAGUUCCUACCCCAGCCAUUCCUCCGGUGCGCAGUCCGUACAGGUGCAGAACCGGGUGCUGGGGGUUCGAGCGGUGAGGAGUCACACGACCAGCAACUUCGCAGGUGGUCAGGUGGGUGGAUCAUCUUCAAGCUCAUCCUCUACUCCGUCUUCUUCAGGGGCGGCGGGACAGCAGUUGCAACCUGCUUCGUCCACUGUUGCUGGUGGUGCAAAUGGUAAUCCGCACAGGAAGAGUCCAUUUUUCACCACGACAACGACGACAACAACCACUUCAGCCACCACUGCAGCAUCGUCGGCGCAGCAGUCUUCGAAGACAGCCACAGCACCGAUCGUCGACGUGAGCUUGCAAGAGGACAAGGCGAAUUCGACCACGUCCAUCAAGAGCUUGGUUGGGAAUUUGAACACGGAAGCAGCCUUGGAAGCGAUAUCAGUGUCUAGCGUGGAAGUGGAUCACGUAGAAAUAGGACUUGUGCCAGAGGAACACCAGCCGACGAAGGAAAUUCAUUUGGUUUCCCCCGAAGAUCUUGAUGAAGGCAUAGACAACGUGAACAUCAUCAAAGGAGGAGAGAGCAACAAGAAGGUUGAUGAAACAAUCUCAAUCCAGGAAGAUGAAAGAGAACCCGUCUUCGCAAAAAUAAAGCCAUCUGCCGGUGCAGCAGUCAUUCCUGCUUUUUCCCCAGCGGCGAUCUCGCCAAAAAUCUUAUCGCGCGAGCCGUCUGCAAAUUUGAAAUCUUUUGGCACUUCGAUGCUGCAGGUGCCCGGGUUUUCGCAACGUGGCAAGUUGGUUUUGAACCACAAUGUCGCUGACAGCAGGAGGCCGAAAAUUAUGGAGCAGAUGAAGCUCUUUUCUGCCAAAAAUCACGACGGUGUUAUAGCAGGUGGUGGUCCAGCAGGCGAGGCGGAAAUUUCAUCAAAAAAGAAGGAGCAGACAGGAGAUCAUACCACCGCCGUCGCGACACAGCUCUUACAAAGGAAGAAACUGCACCCGUACCUGCAGGACUUGCUUCAGAAGGACAUCGAGGAGCUGGAAGAAAAAAGAAAGGUUCGAGAGGAACAACUUAAUCUGAAAGUCGCGCCGGCAAAAGAAGCGGAUGACCAGCAGAAGAUGAAGCCACGCUUCGAGUCUGCCGCCCGGUCGCCCAUGUUGAUCCCCCGCAUGGUCCCUUUCACGCCCCUGGUCGGCGCGAGGGGAAUUAUCACCCCGCGAGGCGGUGUUGGGAUGGGCAAUCUAGCGGGAACCGCUGGCGGCGGUGGCGGAGCAGCGAGUUUUGCGUUCAAAAUGGCAUCUCCCGCGGGUGGUGGGACUUCAACGCAGCAGCCAUUAUUGCAGAAAAACCUCCGCGCGAGCGCUGCGCAACUGCAAACCGUGUCUGAAGCCGCCGCUGCGUCGUCUUCUUCACUGAGCAAAAACGUGAUGACACAGGAGGCGCAAAAAAUCGGCGCAUCGAAGACCCUAAAAAUUGCUGAUGUGAAGAAAGGCGAAAACGAGAGCAACAGGAAAACUUCAAAGGGGGCGUCUCCAGACGGGGAGAACUCUGCAGCGGAAGAAGUUGAGAACAGAGGUCACUCGGCGUCAAGUACAACUAGCAGUACGACCAGACACCGGCUAAGUACCUCCGGGAAAGUUCUUUACAACAUAAGUCCACAACAUUCAUCCUCUUCCGAGGCAGAGCCACAGCAAGAACCCGCGCAACUACUUUCCGCAAGAGCUUCACCGGCUGUUGGCACAACUGCUUCUGCUCAACAGCCUGCCAAAACGCCAGCGGUGCCACAGUUCGUCCGCGGAGCGACAAGCACGCACGUUUUGUCUUCGUCCUCAUCCUCUGCCUCGCUGUAUAAAAAUUCCGAGCAGCAGAGCUCGCAGCUACGACCAUGGACCAACAAGCACAUCAAUCCUGACAACUACGACUCCAGCGGUGGUCGUACUAAGGGUCCCGCCCCCCUCGCGAACAGUUCUUCGACGAAAUACAUCUUAGCCGCAAACGCAAUGCAGUCCAGAUCGAAGUCCACUGCUUGCCUCCGAGCAGAAAACUACGAAGACGCGAAGAAUUACGCGGUGCCGACCCAAACCUCGCAGUUUCGGAAGUUAGCGGUCGCAUCGAGUACGAAACCAACGUGGAAGGCGAAAAGUAGGACAACUGGGUCGGGAGCAGGAACAGCGGUAGCAUCUUCGAGCAGUUGUAACUGGCCGAGGAGUUUUGCCGCUAGCACAGUGUCGAGCAUGGCGAAGAUCAAAUCGACUAACAGCAACGGGACGUCGUGUUCUGGCGUAGAAGUAGCGACGUCGUCCAUUGCGAGUGGGGCGGCAGAAGUGUUGGCCGCGGGUGGAAUUGAUCCUGCUGAGCCAUCUCUCGAUGCAGGAGCGCUUGCUAGUGCUAGUAGCGGCACUGCCGCACUGCAGCCGCAUCGUUCCAGGUCGAGGAGUAAGGAGAAAGAGAAAACCACUGAACAAAUUGCGAAGAGGAACUUGGAUGAUGUUCUUGUGGAUGGGGCGCAACACAAAUCCGACCCGGUAAUCGGUCCUAGCUCGGGUUCUUUGGUAGACCGGAACGCGCAUGCAGGGAAACAAGAAGGUCAACAAGGUCGUAGGACGCAAAGCGAUGAACCUGAGACGGUCGUGCCGGCAUCUUCAGGUGAAAAACCGGCUGGUGUGGUAGAAAAUGAUAGCAGCAAUCACGACGAUGGACAGGUCGAGAUGAAACCUCCCGAGUUUACUGCUCCGAGUACCACGACGAAAGACCACACUAAAGUUGUCCUCGCUCCAAGCGCAACUUUUUUUCAGCAGGAGCUUUUCGAGGACGAAAAACACAAAACCGAUGUUUCUACGCCGCGAGCUAGUGAUUCCCGAAUGCUAGUAAUCAGGCCCGCCGGCGCGCCAGCAGUGUCCUUUACAGCCUCGGCAUCCUCCCGAACGGCCAGCGUCGUUGGGAAAAAUCCGCACCACUUGGCUCCUUCGCAAGCCCAGCUAAACCAGCAGCCGAGACUUGCGCAGAGCAGUGGCCCGCCGUCCUUUAGCACGAGAAGGUACAUGACGCCGGUGCAGUUUACGGCAACAUCUAGUACAAGUGCGGCAAGAACGCCGAACCAUGCAGCUACUGGCUCCGGCGUGCAACUCCUAGCACACCACCACCACCAGCACCCUUCGGCAUCCCCUGGAGGUGGUCAUCAGCAGCUGCAUAAUUUUCAGACUAUCAAGAAGCCAAAUUUCACGACCACGACCCUUGCAACUUCCGCAAGCACUACGGCGUUGCAGAAGAUGAUGCACAGGCCCAGUGGCAUUAAGACCAGUGCAGAAGUACUAGAAGACGACGCGCCGGACGACGACCACGCUUUUACCGAAGAACAGCGAGCAAAAUCCUCACAGUUGUCUUCACCAGCGACAGCAAGCUGCGCUGCAACAGCAAAGAACACUGGAACUGGAUCUAUUACUUCCGGUCUUGUUUUGACAUCAAGCAAGUUUCCACAAAACAAAAGCACGAAGCCGCUCUUCCCCCCGCGCGUGCAGAUGCAAAUCCGGAGUCCAACGCCGUUUCUCAACGUCACAACGACGCCGACGUCCGCGGCCACACCGUUAGUUAUGAACAGGCCAAUGAACAAACUGGGGACCAUGACCAGUCCGAUGUUUAGCCAGCGACCGUUGUUAACACCGAUGACCCGGACGGUAUCGGUGAGGAGAGGUGGUGGGGACGAGGGAAUGGUCAAAGCGGAGGCGUUGGCCGUGGACUUGAGGUUUGAUGUCGAGAAAAAAGUGAAAGAAUAGGUAUGAAAAUGAAUAGCGAAGAUGAAUCAAAAUUACGGAAUAUGGAAUGGAUUCGAGAGCGUCGACAUCUAAUGAUGACUCAUCAUGAGUAGAUCUACUUCAUGUUAUUAUCUCAUUCACAGACUGUUUCCGGUUCCGCUUCACUGACUGAGUGCCAUAGCGGCCGCGGUGGAAGCUAUGUAAGAACAUCGACUAGAAGAAGCAUUACGAGAACAAGUAUAAAUAUCUUUCGCGUGGUACCUGAUGUGCGCUUGUGAUGUAUGUGUAUCCCCGAGGACCCUACGAAUGACCCUCAAUUUCUCAUUACGAUAUAUUUUACUUUUUUUUGUGGCGACACGACAUCACGUCGAGGAGCAAAGUAUUAUGUAAUGAUGAUGUCAACAAAAUAAAUCAAAUCAUAGAAACAAACGAUAACAAGAUAAAGGCUACCUCCCCAUGUAAUGACUGACAUGAAAUUCCCGUUAAUGAACAGCAUGUAUGGAAAAAAUGAAGAAUCUAUUACCCACGGAGUGGGAUGCCACUCGCUGCCCUUUUUUGGGCGGUCGAUUGCGAUCAGG